ACGAGUACCACCAUUUUGUUGUACGUCCUAAAGAGUGGGCGGGUGGUCAUGGUGAUCUGCUGUGCGGCACCGAAUUGCACGAAUCGGCAAGGCAAGGGAAAGCGGGGGAUCGUAUCCUUUCACAGGUUCCCCCUUAAAGAUCCUGCUCGUCUUGCCCUCUGGACAGCAGCUUUACAGCGCAGUAAUUGGAGUCCGGGCCCUUACUCUUUCCUUUGCAGUGAUCACUUUAGCCUUGACAGCUUUGUGUUGCGAAUGCCUGACCAGAGUCCGCUUCUUAAACCCAACGCCGUGCCCUCCCUCUUCCCUAGCAGCAGGGAACGCAGGAAGAAAGUCGUAGCCCGGCCACACAUUACGGGGCAGGUUAAAAAGGAGGAGGUGGCAAAAUGCCCCUUUCCUCAUGUUCAAGAAAAAUGCUCUCUUGUGUCCCCAGGUGAUGAUGUUUUACCUGGAAAUAGAUACCAGACCAACGUGUUUGCCGGUGAUGACCUAAAUGCCUCUAGCUGCAUCCUUGUCUCACCUAACAGGUCUUCAGCCUGUAAAUUUAUCUCCUCCUUGCAUUCCUAUAGCAGGACAGCAUGCCCCUCAACCUUACCAAAAGCAGGAUCUAAUGAGAAUAAUGCGCUUAAUAUAGUAGGUUUCAGGGCGACUGAACAUCCACGCAGUCAACCCUUCCAUUCAGAUAUUGAAGUCAGUGGUGUGUUCUCAUGCGAUUUGAUGGGUUCCGUUGACCUACAGUGUCACGUAGAGGUGGACGGUGACAAAUCAUCACCAGUGGAUUCCAGGGUGGACGUUCCCCUUCAAUUAAAUGUGAUUCAUUGUGAAAAUUCAGAUGAGACAAUCUCGAUAAGUGCUGACCGACAGGGACUCCGUGCAAGGCAAAGAGACUCCAUCAACCUGCAGGAUAGCGAUGCAUCAUCUCCUCAUGCCAUUAAUUCCCUUCAUUCAUACUGCUUUCCAUCAAACCUUCUGCCUGGGCAAAUACGGCUCAAGAGGGCAACCGGGACAGAUUGUGAGCAGGACUGCAACCCACCUAACCACACCGACCAAUGCCAGACACCUUUAAACCCUGCUGUUGUCCCUCUUGCGUGGAUGUUGGGAUCCUGGGUAUCAGAACCAGCUGGCGAAGGAGAGUUUCCCACUAUUGCACCAUUCCGCUACAAGGAGGAACUGGUGAUCUCUCACGUGGGACAGCCUAUGCUGAAUUUCACGUCUUGUGCUUCUGAUCCUGAGACAGGGAAGGCAUUGCACAGAGAAUGUGGAUUUAUCCAAAUCAAGCCUGGCACCAGCCAAGUUGCUUUUAUAUGUGCCCAAAAUAUAGGUGUUGUGGAGAUAGAGGAAGGGGAAGUUCAAGGAGAACAGCUCACUUUGACUUCACUCUCCCUCAACAGGAUAAGCUUUGCCAAGGAACCUUAUGUCGAGCAGAUCUCUCGGAACUUCCGACUGACUUCUGAAGGAAAGCUGGUCCAAACAGUCUCCAUGGCAACCAGCACACAGCCAUUGGCUCCUCAUCUGCACGUCACAUACAGGAGGUUGUCUUCCUAAAAGGCCCCAGCCAAGGUGCAGAAAUGAUACCUCAACAGUUUACUUGACCUUAUUAAAUUCACAAGCUGAUGACUGUUCAGGCGUGUCUUAAUAAAAGCAUUUAUUUUUCCAGGAA